AUCAGCCCCGAGAAGACGGAGCCCACCGCGAGCCCCGAGGGAAGCCAGACGGAGCUGGAUGACGAGAUGGAGAACGACAUUUGCAAAGUGUGGGAUAUGUCCAUGGACGAGGAUGUCGCUUUAUUUCUUCAGGAGUUCAAUGCCCCUGAUAUAUUCAUGGGAAUUUUUGCCAAGUCAAAAUGCCCUCGCCUUACUGAAAUCUGUGUGGGAAUAUUAGGAAAUAUGGCCUGUUUCCAAGACAUAUGCAUGUCCAUUAGUAAAGAUGAGAAUCUUGGCCAAGUGUUAUUGCAACGUUUGUGUGAUUCAGACUCCCCAACUCUUCUGGAAACAAGCAGGUUGUUGUUAACUUGCCUCUCCCAGCCUGAGGUGGCCAACGUCUGGGUUGAGAGAAUCCGAGAAAACCCUUCUGUGUAUGACUGUGUGUGCUUUAUCAUGUCCAGCUCUACAAAUGUUGAAUUGCUGGUGAAAGUGGGUGAAGUGGUGGACAAACUCUUUGAUCUAGAUGAAGAGCUGAUGUUAAACUGGAUUAAAAAUGGCACUUGUCGGUCUGUAGGACCGUCCGUAGAUGAUUCCCCAGAAGAACUUCCAGAUUUUAAGAUUGUGCCUUGUAUACUUGAAGCAGCCAAACAAGUCCGGUCAGAUAAUCCGGAAGGACUUGAUGUUUAUAUGCAUAUUUUGCAGCUCCUGACCACAGUGGAUGAGGGUAUUCAGGCUAUUGUGCAGGCUCCUGAUGGAGGAAAAGAGACCUGGAGUUUGCUUUACGACCUCGUUUGCCAUGAACUUUGCCAGCCAGAUGAUCCACCGAUCAUGGUGCAGGAGCAGAAGACUGUUCUGGCCUCUAUUUUGUCCGUGCUCUCUGCUAUGUUUGCCUCGCAGACAGAACAAGAAUACACCAAGAUGAGGAAAAAUAUGCCUCUGAUUGGGAGCUUGAUUCGUAUCUUACAAUACAUGGAGGGCUGUGGGAAGAGAUCUGUUGAUAACUCAAACGAGUCUGAACAAGACGAGACGGGAAGGGCUGAUAUAAAUGAGGAAGAUUUCCAUUUAAAAAUUUUGAAGGAUAUUUGUUGUGAAUUACUUUCCAAUAUGCUUCAAGAACUGACCAAGGUAAGAAUAAACAAAAUUCUGAGAGGGAUUUCUGCAUU